AUGUUCUCACGACCGCGACGCGCCAGGAGCGCGUUGACGCCGAGGGCGAGGCCGAGGGUUCAAGUUCGCAAUUCACUGUUCCAGGAAGUCAACGACUGUAGACGCAUCGAGAGCAUUCCUGGCAUCGACCAUGACGAUGUCGAGGAAGACGAGGAAUCGUCUGAAUCCUCAGACGACGGUUCCUCGGAUGAAGAGAUGGAAAUCACGCAAACCCCCUCUCGCCGCAAAGGAAAAGGAAAAGCCACAACAGAUGACGAUAACGAACACAACAUCAUCGUCCAAACCAAUUUCGACGCCUAUUUCACCUAUGCCGCCUCACGUCCGCAAACCUCGACGAACGUCUAUUCAGAAUUGGUGUUACCAAUGACUCCAGAAGAGUACGCAGCUGGAAUCAAAGCAGCUGAGAGGAGGGCGAAAACUCUACAGACAUCGAUCUUCGACCCGAAACGAAAGCGAGAACUCCAUUCAAGAUUCAUGUUCGAGUUGCAGGAAGGAUUCAACAUUGUUUGCUACGGGAUUGGGUCCAAGAGAACUUUUCUCAAUGAAUUCGCAUCCAAUGUCUGCUCCAAACGGGGCCAUGUUGUGAUUGCUAAUGCUUUCCAACCUGCAUUCACGAUCAAAGAUCUCCUGGCUCGUAUCGAAGAGGUUCCUGGGUUGGAGGAUUUCGAAGGAUCCGCAGGCACGGUAGACAAGCAAGCCACACGAAUACACGAAUUCUUCGCCAACCCCGCUCAGAAGCACCACCUCUACCUAAUUAUCCACAACAUUGACGCCGCCCCGUUGCGGACCACCAGGUCAAAGGCUGUCCUUGGUCUACUGGCCAUGAAUCCCAAGAUCCACAUCGUCGCGUCUAUCGACCAUCUCAACGCCACUCUCCUUUGGUCUUCCUCGGAGGUCUUCGCUAGGAAACCAGCGGAAGCAUCCUCUACCACCGCAGUCCGCGGUUUCUCCUGGCUUUGGCACGACUUGACCACUCUUGCACCGUACGACGCGGAGCUCGCCUACGCCGAUCGGUCUUCGAUAUCAGGGGCCAACAUUGGGGCACGUCGCAAGGCAGAUCUCGCGAUGGCGCAGAACCCAGCAGCCAUGAGCGAGACAGCAGCCUCGCAUAUUUUGGCCUCUGUGACCCAGAAGGCGAAGAAACUCUUCAUCCUCCUGGGUAAAAAGCAGCUAGAGAGUAUCGAAGAUGCGGGCGAUAAAGCCACAAACGACUUGCAACAGCAUGGGAUGUCUUACGAUGCCCUGUUCAAUGCUGCUCGAGACGACUUCAUUGCUGUCAACGACACGGCACUCAGAGCUCUCUUGGGAGAGUUUAGGGAUCAUAGCCUUGUUCUGUCUGCUCCAACGGCUUCAGGAGAGGUGUUAUGGAUACCUUUGCGCAAAGAGCGACUACACGCGGUGUUGAACUCACUCCAGGCAACUUAA